AGAGAGUGCAUCCAGUCAUGUUGGGGUGUCAGCAUAGCAGCGUUUAGUAAUGAGUAGAAGUCGUCUAUUGAUUUGGCGUAAUUAUUUGAGCUACGAAUGAUGCAAAAUGGGCAAAAGAGACACAAGAUUUUCAUACGUUAACCCCAUCGCCAUGGCGAGGGCGCGGGGACCACGCCCAGGUGACGGCCCCACCAUCCAGGAUUACCUCAACAGGCCCAGGCCUUCCUGGGAAGAACUGAAGCAGUUGAAAGAACAGAAAUCAAAGAAAGGUUCCAGUAGCCUUGCAGCAUGGGAGGAACAAAUGAAUGAGAAGUUCAGAGAAGACCUGAAGAAGCAUCGGGACAAGGUGCAGGCUUCGCAGGAGGGUCAAGGGUCAAGUUCAUCCUCUCUGUCACACAAGAAGAAGAAAGAGAAGAAGAAAUCCAAGAAAAAGAAGAGAUCAAGGUCUCCCUCCCACUCUUCAUCGUCAAGUUGUGAUUCGUCCCCUGACAGUGAUUCUGAGACGGAAGAAGAGAAGGAACACUCAAAGCGCCGGGAGAAGAGAAAGAAAAAGAAAGAUAAGAAGAAGAAGAAACAUCGGACUGAUGAGCCAGGGACAGACAACACUGAUGACGAAGACAAGGUGUCAGAGUCCUCAAGAUCAGACAAGAAGCCAAAGAAGCGGAAGAGAAAGAAGAUGGAGACAUCGGAAGGUUCUGAAGACGAGUCUGACACAGACAGAAGCAGUAGAGACAAGACUUCCACAUCAAGCAGACACAAGAAGAAACGUAGAAAGGACAAGCAUAAGAGGGGGAAGAGACGAAAGGAAGGCAGACACAACGCCAGUGAUUCAGACUGAGAGUUGGAGGUGCCAACAAUCUACACUGUAGUUUUUGGUUUAAAGUACUCCUGUGCAAUGUGAUGCAAUGUGAAUAAUAAAUAUGUCGAAAUCAAAGUCGAAAUCCUCUGGCAAAGCAUAAAGAAUGGCCAGGACCCUUAAACUUUGAUAUCAUACCCACAAUGCAUCAUAAUGUGCAUGUGCACUUAAAACCAUGAAGUAGCUUAUAACAGCAAGUACCUCCAACUUGUGUGUGAACUUAGUAUUUUACACAUUGUAUUGUUAGGGCUUGAUGCAGAUUUUAAGGGAAUAAUAUGUUGCAAGACAGUCAUACAAUAAAUGCUCCUUCCAACCAAGCUACAUACAUGUCUAUAAACUGUUAGGAACAGUCCCAGAAGAAAAAUUAAAGAAAAGUAGGAUUUGUAAGCAACAGCAAUGAUAAAAAAGGAAGAAAUUUGCUAACAGGCUUUUAGACUAUUAAAGGCAGCUACAUUGAUGACAUUGCAUGAUAAAUGCAGAUGCAUACUGUACAUUUAUUUAUAUUUACAGGGAUUCAAUUUUGCAUUUAUAUGGCAGUGGGAGGGAGGUUUUCACAAAACACAUAACGUUAUUCACGUUGUCAUGAUUUGAAAACUGCUAAAGUAAAACCACAAAGAACAUUUUAAGAUUCCAAGAGGUUGUUGGUACAAGAGUUUUUCUGGAAUCACAAAUUGCAAUUGUAAGAAGCACACGGAUAUCAAAAGAUCUUCCAAGUAUGUUAGUGUUGUGUAGCAUUGUAUCCAACUUGUCACAAACCUCAUACUGACAUGUACAGGCAGAUACGGGUUUACUUUUUGCAGAUAUAUUUAAAAAUUUGUUUCAGGCUGAGAAGAACUCAUAGUACUCAUGUAGUGUAUUACACAAGUCAGUAAGGGUAAUUUUGAGUAUGCUGUGCAAUGUUGUGUAUAGGUAUUUACCAGGUUUGCCAGCUUGUAUAUAGGUGUAACAUUCUAUGUUGAUGCAUGUAUAAACAUAAGCAAUACUAGUAUUAGGUAAGUUUUACCCAGGGAUAAUCAACACUUACAUGUAUAACACUGCAAGUACAAUGUAAGUCCCACUUUACACACAAUUUUUCACACUGUGGGGAGAAAAGCUUUUGUUGUCAAGAUAUUGCCAGUCAAGAUGUUUAAUUACCUGUCAGGGAUGUGAAAUAAGUAUAGAGUAAUAACAUUGCCAUUACAGUAUUAGGGAUGGGAUGUAACCUUGUGUAACUUGUAUACAUGUAUGAUAUUUGCACAUAUGUAUCAUGUGUUUGUUUUUGUGUAGUUUGUAAACUAUCUUAGCUGUAAGUAGCAAUGUAGACCUCAUGCAAACGUUAGAAACUGAUUAAUAAAACUCUAUAAACUGACA